AUGUCGCAAAGACGGUACGGCCAUGUGCCUCCCGCACAGUACGGGGCGCCUGGCGCGCAUAACCACCAUAAUUCGGCGUCAAGUUUACAUCGCCAGUCCAGCUUUGACAACGGCGACGAUGCGCCCUAUUUCGAGCAACCAAACAGGUAUCAGGGUGGCCUGCCUCCAACUCCCGCGCCCCCAGGAAGGAUGGCAGCGCCGGUGGCCAUGCCACAGGAAGAACGUUACCUAGCGAGUCCUACUUCCCAUUCGCAGAGCUCUCGUUCUCCAGGCCGAAGCUCUUUUGGAAGUGCCAGUCCGGCGUUAUCAGGAUAUCAACAUCAAUACCAACCUUUCCCCACAGGUUCUACUCCAACCUCUCCUGGAUUGCCGUAUAGUCCACAGCAGUUUGCUCGUGCGCAGUCGCAGUCAGUUUCCCAUCGGCCGCAACCAGCAUAUAAUAACACUCCCCCAACACCCUCAACCGCUCAUCAACCGUACAAUCCAGCUGCAUACCAAGCUCCGACUCAACAGCCAAUGCGCCAUGCCACAGUAUCGGGUCACGGCUCGUACAACCAGCAAUAUACUCAACCAAUAUCAAUGCCACAAGUACCACAGUCUACGGGGUAUUACCCUCCUACCCCACAGCAGCAAUACUCCUCCCCUCCAAGCCGACCUUCUCCGCAGACAAUGUACGAGAACCCCAUCUCCAGCCCAACAUACUCUGUUCACAAUCCCACUUCCCCCUCCCAGCCAUCUUACCAGCUUCCCACCACUAUCCCUUAUCCUACAAAUGGAGGUAAUUUUAAUCAAAUUGACCGUAGGCCAGCUUCAACCACCCAAGCUCAAUAUCCCGAUUAUUCACAAUAUGGAUCUUACGAUGAUGAAGCAGUGAACAGGUUGAGGAGCACCGCAAACCACCAUGCCACAGCUUCACUAGGAAGGCAUCCAACCCUCCGACCACUUCCAAGCGCACCUGCCGAGCCGAGGGGUGAUAAUGAUGAUUGGGGACUAGACAACCAUGGCCAAAACGAAUCGGAGGAAGACGUGUCGCAAGAACAACUCUUUGCUGAUAUUGGGGAUGCACUUGGGGCUUCAUCUCCUCGGCAUGCUCGAAGCAACGGCGACUUACUUGAUGGCGAGUUUCACCACGGUAUUAGCCGCUAUGGUUCAAGAGCAAGUGCAGGCGCAACUUCAGGACUUGAUCGCUACGCAUCAACAGCGUCGAAUAUAAACCCUAACAAUCUUCGAUCCACCUACGGUGAUUACGAAGAUGAAGAAGAAAGUGAUCUCGAAGCCGCAGCUGGUCUAGAAGCUAUGCGAAUAGCCGAAGAACAAGAGCGAGGUGGAGGCCCAUUGAGUUUUGGAGGAUCCGGCGGGCAAGAAUCCAAAUACCCCCUCUCAGGUGGUGAAAGUAGUGAUAGCGAUUACAAGCACCAAGAUCUGAGUCUUGUGGGAGGCGGGUAUCCCGCACGUAUGUCAUAUGGCCACGAGUUGGCUGGCAUGAAUACCGGUAACAGCAGCGAGAUGGAAGAUCAGAGUCGACCGCUGCCUACUCCCCAUGAUCUAGGGACAACGGAUAGCUACAAUACGACUACUUCGGGACUUGGUGGAAUGACGGACUAUUCUAUCCCAGGGGAGGGUGCUAUUCAUCCCUUUCCGGCCUUUGACACUACAGCAAGGGUUGAUACUUCCGGAACUGGUGGGUUACAGAGACCAUCAUCACAGCCACAUCGACUUAGCUUUGAUGAGGGUGAUGAACACUCGCUUCAGUUGAGAGAUUCCCGAUUGAGCGGAAGUGAUAGCCCUACUAGAGACGACAUGCCUGAAUUGUUCUACCACCCAGGAAUCAGUACAAGCUUGUACAAUUCAAACUUGAAUCGCCCACUUCCUGUGCCGCCAAUGUCAGAGAAUCGAACCCCACAACUCAUGCCAGCAGGCACUUAUCGUAAUACCCAAGGCCUACAGCAUUCUUAUAGUUCAAGUUCAGAUAUGAGUCGACCUUCGUAUGCUCCAAAUGGUCCAGAUUCUUACCCCCCUCAAAACAUGCUUAGUCCUGGUGGCCAGUUCGUUCCGAGGUCGACGUCGUUGUCUAGCCACAGUAGCACUCCCCAUACCGUUCCGCCGACCCGGUCAAAGACUGAUGCAGAGGAACGUCAAGCCAGGCAGAAAGCCGCAAGGAUGGGAAUGCGUGGCGCAAAUGGUCUCGAUGGCUAUGACACGGGCACCCCCCAAUCUUCCGUCGCCUUGGAUUUGCCCGCUUUACCGGCUGGCAGACGUAAGAAGUUUGGUCUUGCGAAGCUUUCAUCUCAAGACUUUAAGAGGUGUCAUGAACCUUGGGCAUUGAGUGAUAUCGCAGCAUGGAUCAGAGAAAUGGCUGGUGGUGAAACUGGGGAAGGAGAAUCUGAUCUAAGAGAAAAGGCCAUUGAAGAGGGAUUGGUCUCUCUCUUCACUCACAAAGUCCCCACGAUGAACACUGCCGACGCGGAAACGUUGAGUCAGAGAGUGAUCAAAACAAUGCUCGCGGCCGGAAUUCUGGUUCCGGAUGAGGAGUGGGUUAAGCUUGGUCAGGGCUCUGUAUCUGGUGUGUUGUGGCAGCUCACCGGUUCCGGCUGCUAUUCUCCAAAGGUGCAUGAACAUGAGGUUCCUGGGCGAUGCUAUUCGCACCACUGUACCCGCACGCUAAAAAAGAUAAAUCUCAACGCACAAGUUCUCGAGCCAUCCAAAAAGACCGAGGACUGGGUGACUUUCUUCAAAAUGACAAAAGAACAGAUUGAAUCUGUGUCCAAGAAAGACGUAGAGCUUCAGAACAAUUUGCACGAAAUUGUCAUGUCUGAAGAUCUCUACAUGGAGCAUAUUAAUGUUCUGCGAGUUUUGUACAGAGACCAUCUGGCUACAUGGCAACCUCCAAUUAUUGCAAAAUCUAAGCUACCAAAAUUCAUUGCAAGCGUCUUUGGCAAAGUUGAAAGCAUCAAGGAAGUGAACGAAAAUCAUCUUCUACCGCAACUCAAAUAUCGACAAAAAGAACAAGGUCCAUGGGUAGUCGGCUAUAGCGACAUUUUCCGAGAAUGGAUAAGAAAGGCCAGGACAGCAUACAUCGAGUAUGCAGCAGGUUUCCCAUUCGCCACCUACCUUGUUCGAAGGGAAGCUGACAAAAACUUGCUAUUCCGCCAAUUCUUGGACCAGGCUCGCGAGAACAAGCUCUCGAGUCGUUUAGAUUGGGACACAUACUUGAAAGCGCCGAUUACUAGGCUCCAGCGAUAUGGUCUGUUGUUGGACACCAUAUACAAGAACAUGAAGAAAGAUAGUGAGGAAAAAACUAACCUUGCCAAAGCCAUUGAAGAGAUAAAGCAAGUUACCCAUGAGUGUGAUGCCAAAGUUAAUGAGCAGACUAAAAAGGUCGAAAUGGUAGAGUUACAGUCAAAACUUCAUCUACGUCCCGGCAUGGAGAGAGUUGAGUUGAACCUGGAUCACCUUGGUCGAGAACUCAUAUUCAAGGGUGACCUUCAGCGUGCUGGUGUAAACAAAUUCAACUGGGUCGAAACGCACACUAUUCUUUUCGAUCACUAUCUCGUGCUCUCGAAGAAGAUGGAACAGCGUGAGAACACAGGCAGGAAGAGGGAAGUUUACGAUGUCUCGAAACUUGUAAGUCAAUCAUCAGCGAAGAAACGAAUAUCACAACUUACAGUCUUAGCCAAUUCCAAUGCAGCUCCUUGUCCUCGAAAGUUCAAAUGAUGAUCCUGUUGUUAAGACGGUUCGGGCCAUUGGUGCUGUCACUGUUUCUGCGAGACCAGGGCAAGCUGGUGCGCCGAAUCACUUAACACGCAUAACAACUACAAAUGGCGAGGUUAUGAGACCUCUGGAGCACACGACGUCAAACACCUCCGUACAGACCAUGACGUCAGUAACUAAACUUAAUCCCACAAACGCCAACGGUACAGACGCUAGGUACAUGUAUCCUUUCCGAGUCAAACAUCUGGGCAAAAAUGAAGUAUACACGCUUUAUGCCCCAAGUGCCGCGAAUCGGCAGGAUUGGUGUGACAAGAUCUUGGAAGCAAAAACUCGCCACGCUGCUUCCCUGUAUGAGCAGAGUGCGGAGCCUUUCAGAUUGCGAGUUAUGGCUGAUACCGCCUUUGGAAAUGACGCCUUAGCUGGAGCUACUCGGAGCAAUGUCGUAUUUGUCAAGGGUACGCCCCUGGAGAGAUCAAUACGUGAUAUGGAACGAACAUAUGGAGCAGGCCCUCGCCCCGGGCCAGUUUGCAGAGCCCAAGUCAACUGUGCCACAGCUUUCAACUGCUUUGGGAAAGCUAUGGUAGCGAUCGGCACGGACUAUGGCGUUUAUAUCUCGGAAGCAACCAACCCUAGGGGCUGGUCAAGAGUAAGUACAGACCCAGCAUCGCCGUAGAUUAAUGCUAAUGUCAUCAGUCGAUCCAAAUAGCCAAGGUCACUCAGAUUGCGGUCCUUGAAGAGUUUUCCCUGUGCAUAAUCAUCUCUGACAAAGCUCUCAUCGCAUAUCAUCUGGAUGUAAUUGUACCAGUCUCCAACUUUCCAGCACCGCAGCACGACUCUGGUCGGAAAGCACCACAAAAGCUUUCUGGAAAUCGGGACGUAUCUUUCUUCGCGACGGCUCGCAUGAAAGACAGGACCCUGGUCUUCUACAAGAAGAGGGAAGGGCUUCACUCUACGUUCAAGGUUCUUGAACCAGUCUUCCAAAAGUCCACCGAGAAAAAGUCUCGACUCUUCGGCAAACUUAAAGGCGGCACAACCGAGUUCUUCCGCGAGUACGAUGAGUUCUAUAUUCCCACGGAGUGCUUUACGAUCAAUCUAUUUCACAGUUAUAUCGCCAUCUCAACUUUAAAAGGAUUCGAGCUCAUGACAUUGGAUAAAAAGGUUCCUAUGAGUAUUCCGGAUGUCAAAAACCCGGCUAUAGGAAAUAUUGCUUCACGCCUUCGCGAUCAAAAGCCCUUGGGAAUGUUCCGUCUCUCGGAUUCUGAAUUUUUGCUCGCAUACGAAGAGUGUGCCGUCUAUGUUGACAAACAUGGUGAGGUAUCUCGCUCUGUCAUUAUGGAAUUUGUGGGCAGAGCGGCCAAAGCAGCCAUGUAUGGAGCUUACCUUGUUCUCUUUGACAACGAUUUUGUGGAAGUACGAAAUGCCGAAAACGGAAGGCUGAGACAAGUCAUUGCUGGUCAAAAUGUUAGAUGUCUGGAUUAUGGCAUCAAUCCUCUCGGCGCAGGAGCCGCAAAUAGUCAAAUGACGCCGGUCACAUUUGGCGGCGGGGGAGGAGCGGAAAAGAGAACCCUGAAGCUGGCAAUGGCGCAUCCUGAAGUCCCGGCAAAUCAAAUCGUCCUGGAAAUGGUUCUUAAUGAGGGGCAUUUUGAAUGA